AUGAGCACACCAUUUGGCUUAGAUUUUGGUAAUUCCACUUCUGUUCUAGCAGUUGCUAAGAAUGGUGGUAUUGAUAUUGUCGUUAAUGAAGUCUCCAACCGUUCUACUCCCUCGCUGGUCGGUUUUGGUCCCAAGAAUAGAUAUCUAGGUGAAACUGCCAAGACCAAAGAAACUUCAAACAUUAAAAACACAGUAGGUAAUUUGAAAAGAAUCAUUGGUUUGAAUUAUGAUGAACAUGACCACGAUUUUAAAGAAGAAGCUAAGUUUGCUACCUCCAAGUUAGUUAAGUUAGAUGAUGGGAAAGUUGGUGCCCAAGUGACAUUAGCUGAUGAAAGGAAGACUUUUUCUGCUGUUCAAUUGUCGGGUAUGCUUUUCAAAAAAAUGAAAAACACGGUUGAAACUGAAAUCAAAUCACCAAUUACUGACGUUUGUAUUGCUGUUCCUGUUUGGUACUCUGAAGAACAACGUUAUAGCGUUGCAGAUGCUGCAAGAGUGGCUAACAUGAAUCCUGUCAGAAUUGUUAAUGAUGUUACCGCAGCUGGUGUCUCAUAUGGUGUCUUUAAGACUGAUUUACCUGAAGGUGAUGCUAAACCAAGAAUUGUCGCCUUUGUCGAUAUUGGCCAUUCCGAUUAUACUUGUUCCAUUAUGGCUUUCAAAAAAGGUGAAAUGAAAGUCUUAGCGACCGCAUACGAUAAACAUUUUGGUGGUAGAGAUUUCGAUCGUGCAAUUACUGAACGAUUAGCCGAUGAAUUUUUAACUAAAUAUAAGAUUGAUAUUAGAUCAAAUCCAAAGGCUUACAACAGAAUCUUAGCGGCAUCUGAAAAAUUAAAGAAGGUCUUAUCUGCUAACACAACAGCACCAAUUUCUGUGGAGUCUGUCAUGGAUGAUAUUGAUGUGACCUCUCAAAUGACUCGUGAGGAACUUGAAGAAUUAGUUCAACCAUUAUUGAAACGUGUUACCGUUCCAAUUUUACAUGCUUUGAAGCAAGCUAAAUUGAAAGCUGAAGAUAUCGACUUUGUUGAAAUUAUCGGUGGUACUACACGUAUUCCAACUUUAAAGAAAUCAAUUUCUGAUGCAUUUGGAAAACCAUUAUCUUCGACCUUAAAUCAAGAUGAAGCCAUUGCUAAAGGUGCCGCAUUUAUUUGUGCCAUCCAUUCCCCAACUAUUAGAGUCAGACCAUUCAAAUUCGAGGAUAUUCAUCCAAAUUCUGUUACGUACACUUGGGAUCAACAAGUAGAAGAUGAAGAUCGUUUAGAAGUGUUCCCAUCGAAUUCCACUUUCCCAUCCACCAAAAUGAUCACGUUAUAUCGUACCGAUAACUUUACGAUGGGUGCAGAAUACACUGAUGUGAAACAAAUCCCAAGUAAACAUAUUUCCAAAGACAUCGCCAGCUGGGAAAUUACCGGUGUUAAAGUACCCGAGGGACAAGAUUCCAUCCCAGUUAAGAUGAAAUUAAGAUGUGAUCCUUCCGGCUUCCAUACCAUUGAAGAUGCUUACACUUUGGAAGAUAUUAUUGUUAAAGAAGCUAUCCCAUUACCAGAUGAUGCUCCUGAAGAUGCUGAAGUACAGUACAAAGAAGUUAAGAAGACCGUAAAGAAAGAUAACUUGAAAAUUGAAGCACAUACAUUUAGUCUUGAUGAAGCUAAAUUGAAUGAAUUAAUCGAAGCAGAGAAUGAUAUGUUUGCUCAAGAUAAAUUGGUCGCAGAAACUGAAGAUCGUAAGAAUGCAUUAGAGGAAUAUAUUUAUACUUUACGUUCUAAAUUAGAAGGUGAUUACUCUGAAUUUGCCUCUGAUGAAGAAAAGGAAAAACUAACAGAUAUGCUAAUGAAAACUGAAGAUUGGCUAUAUGAUGAAGGUGAUGAUUCUACUAAAGCUAAAUAUAUUGCUAAAUAUGAAGAAUUAGCAUCCUUAGGAAACAUAAUUAAGGGAAGAUAUAUGGCCAAUGAAGAAGAAAAAAGACAAGCAUUAAGAGCUAAAGAAGAAGCAGCAAAAGCUGCUGAAAUGGCUGGAAAAAUGGCCGCAGAAAGAGAAGCUAAAGCUAAAGCUGAUGCUGAAGCGGGAAAAAAGGAUAGUCCAAAAGAGCCACAACAAGAAGUAGAUGCAGAUGGUGAUAUUGAUCUUGAUUAG